AUGAAAGCAACCCUCCUCACUAGCAUCACCCUGGCCUUCUCCACGGCCAUGGCCGCCCCGUAUCCCGCCUUCAACGCAGCCAGCGACGGUCUCGCUCGCGCUGAAAACGAAGGAAUGAUGAAACGAAACGAUAAUGCCCUUGCCAUGGCCAACGGCCCUGCUCCGCGCGCAAUCGAGCAAUCGACGAAGCGCAACGGCAAUGUCAUAGCUCUGGCCGAUGGCAUCGAUGCCAACGAAAACGGACAAGCGACGAAACGCGAUGGAAAUGCCCCUAUCGUCGCCAAUGCAGCUGAUGUGCCGUCUGUUGUCAACCUCAGAGAGACCUCCACUGGUAAGCGUGGGGAGAGCAUUAUGAAUAAGCUCAAUGCUGCUGACGUGCCAUCUCUUGCAAAAGAUAAAAAGAUCUCCUCGAACAAGCGUGAGGGCAGCAUCGCGGAUAAGUUCAGCGCUGCGGAUGUGCCGUCUAUUGCCAACUCCGAGGGCGCCACCAAGGGCGAAGAAAACGUGGCAGAUAAACUCAACGCUGCUGACUUGCCGUUUGCGGCCAGCUCUAAGAGGAUCUACUCAGACAAGCGUGUAGAGAACAUGGCAGACAAGGUUAUGAACGAUGCGGCUAUGUUGGGUGGGAAGAGAGAAGAGCAUGUACCAGUCACUUGA